AUGCAAAUAUUUUCAAAACGUUUGCAUAACAUAAAAAACAUUAAUACGAUUCUUUGUUAUUAUUCCCUGCAUUUUUAUUUAAACAUAUCACUAGAAAACUAUAGUUUUGUUGAACUUAUAAUGUCUAAAUUUAUUGUACUUGUUUUGACUCUGCUAAUAGCCUCUUCAGGCACAGAGCCAAACUUGAAAUUCAACAUUUACAACUGCAUAGUCGACACUGUGGUGCUAGAAGAAAUUAUUCUGGAAAUGGCAAUGGAAAUUUCUUCCAUAUGAUACAUCCAAGAAGGCUUUCAUAAAAUGCUGUUUGUUUUUUCUUUAAUUCCUCAAUGAAUGUACCAAUGUAUUCCACUGAUAGUAGCUGACACAGCAACUGAAGACCCAAAUAUUGAUUUUAUUCCUUUAUCUGAUAAAGAGAUACUGGUGAACGGAAAAUUAGUUGAAAUUUCUAAAGAGGAAGCUGCUGAAGAUAGCCAAGCGUGGGCAGACUGCAAAGAUGUGGUGGCUGAUGGAUUAGCGAGGCUUAUUAAUGCAAAGGACGCGCUUGAUAGCCAAGAUUACCAGACUAUGGUCGAAAAUCUGUUGAGCAUGAAAAGCUUGAAAUUACCUUUAUUAAAGAUGUGUAAAGGUAACCGAAUAUAA